CCGUCGCCGUGCAGGUCUGUGCGGCCGGCGUAGUAGAGCCGGACACAUCCAUGCAGUUAAAUACUGCGCCUAUGUUAUCAUAGAGAAAAAAACAGACCUGAAAUCGCCGAGCAACACAAACAAAUUUCGAGCGAUUCUUCUCGCCAUCUCCAGCAGGGUUGCAAAGAAUUUUUCCUGCUUUCAGGGCCCCUGCUGCAGUGCAGAUACACCGUCUGGAGCAGCUAUCUUACAUGACUGCUGUGAUUCUCUGUCCACCACACACAUGAACUACGGCCGAGGUAGUAAGUUUCUGCUUGCUCCUUAAUCAAUGCAGGUAGCGUGCUUAGAAAUCUACAGCCGAGGUGCCGGUCAAGCUUUGUUGGCGGGUGUGCACUUUGGCGCCGCUUCUUCUUUCCAGGGAGAUUCAUAGGAGCUUCUUCUUUCCAGGGAGACUCAUAGGAGUGAUCCAGAAACAGUUAUGCAGAACUUCAUCAAAUGGCUACAUCAAGGAAUUUCAAUUUCAAGUGCACCAAGGGUGGAAGGGCCUGCCCUUGGUACGUCUAGUGCACCCUACUACAUAAUAGACAAAGGCUUAUUUCAGAAGCACCUUCUGCGUACCUGUCGAGGCGUUAUAGUUGCUGCCUUUACAAUCUAUGGCAUCAAGGUCUUGAUUACCAGUUUCGCUAAGGCCGUGGCAGAGAGUUCCGACGACACAGAAUUUGGUACCAAAUUCGAUGGUUCGAAAGAGGUGGCUACGGAUUUAGGCACAAAAUUCAGUGAUGUCAAGGGGGUUGACGAAGCCAAAGCUGACCUUGAGGACAUAGUUCACUACCUACGAGAUCCUGACAGUUUCACUCGCCUUGGUGGCAAGCUUCCAAAGGGUCUUUUGCUUGUGGGCCCACCCGGCACAGGGAAGACCAUGUUGGCAAGAGCUGUGGCCGGGGAAGCCGGCGUCCCCUUCUUCGCGUGCAGUGGCAGUGAUUUCGACGAGGUGUAUGUGGGCACUGGGGCUAAGAGAGUGCGGGAGCUCUUUCGUGCAGCAAAGAAGCGAUCUCCUUGCAUAAUAUUCAUCGAUGAGAUCGAUGCCGUUGCUGGGCGCAGAAACGCAUUAGACCCGUCGUGGACGAGGCAGACCAUGAACCAGCUGCUUUCUGAGAUGGACGGCUUCAAGCAGAAUGACGGGAUCAUCGUGAUCGCAGCGACCAACUGCCCAGAGUCGCUAGACCAAGCCAUUGUCAGGCCUGGGCGUCUUGAUCGUCAAGUCCAUGUUCCUACUCUAGAUGUUGAGGGCCGACGACAGAUUCUUGAGGCUUACAUGUCAAAGGUGUGUAAAGCUGAGGGUGUGGAUGUGAUGACCAUUGCGAGGGGGACGCCUGGGUUCUCAGGUGCAGAGCUUGCAAACCUAGUGAAUGACGCCACUCUCAAGGCUUCCAGGGAUGGCGCAGAUGCUGUUGGGAUGGAUCACCUCGAGUACGCCAAGGACAGGAUCAUCAUGGGCAGCGAGCGCAAGUCAGCAGUGAUAUCUGAUCAUUCCAGGAAGAUGACUGCCUACCAUGAGGGAGGGCACGCCCUUGUUGCUAUCCUCACGGACGGCGCUGACCCUGUCCACAAGGCCACAAUUAUGCCAAGGGGAAAUGCUCUCGGCAUGGUGACACAACUGCCAGGGGAAGACAGCGAGCUGGAACUCUCGAGGAAGCAGAUGCUGGCAAGGCUGGAUGUCCUCAUGGGAGGGCGGGUGGCCGAGGAGCUUAUAUUUGGAGAAACCGGGAUCACAACUGGUGCCUCAUCUGACCUGAGCAAGGCGACUAAAUUGGCGAAAGACAUGGUCACCAGAUAUGGUAUGAGCAAGCGGGUCGGCCUUGUUUCUUAUGGCAACGACGGUGAUGGUGGCGAUGGCAAAACGACGGCCCUGGUUGCCGAAGAGGUGAAAGCAUUAUUGGACAACGCUCACAAGAAUGCAAAAGCGAUUCUCACGGAGCACAACAAGGAGUUUCAUGCGCUAGCAAAUGCCCUCCUGAAGCAUGGAACUCUCACUGGUGAAGAUAUGGUGAAACUAGUAUUGACAGGACAAGAACCAGAUGAUCUUAGCAUUAGCCAGCAGAAUCAGGAAACACCUUCACUCACUGUUGCUGAGAUCACAAAUCUAGUGUCGACAGAAGAACAAGUGGAUGAUCUUAACAAUUGUCAGCAGGACCAGGGAAAAUCUCCUCUCACUGGUGACAAGAGCACCAAACCAGUAUCGACAGAAGAACAAGGAGAUGGAACUCUCACCGGCAACGAGAUCACGGAACCGGUGUCGACAGACCAACAAGUAGGUGAUGCUAACAAUGGUGAGCAGGUACAGGGAAGCACCUUCUUCGCCCUAGGCGUGGAGGCGCUUCCAAGAGUACUUCCGUUCCUGAUACUUCUGUUGUAAGCACACGAAAUGUAAAGAGUAAUCGAUGUGUACGGUCUGGAUUUCUCCAGCUAGUGUUUCUCAAGUCUGACUAUAAUGGGACGUGUUUUAAUUUGUAGUUUUACAUACUGUGUUCUGAACCUGUAAAACCUCUUGUUUUGGGUCUAAAGCAUGAAUGUGCCCCAAUAUUUCUAUCGGAAAUGCAAUAGUGUUGCUGUGAA